AUGCCCUUUCUAUCUGCCGCUUUGGCAUCUGAUUGCAUCCUAGCUUAUCAACUCACCGUUAAUAAUCGUGGUGUUACCAGUGACAACAAGGAAGGGAGGCCUAGAUUUUUUGACUUGGAGGCUAGAAAGAAAUGCUGGGCCAAAGCCGAGAAGGUUCCAGGUCGAGAUCCUGAGAGGUGGAGAAAAGAUGUAGCUGGCAACAUUGUUGGCAAGCGAUUCCACAGCUGCCUAGGUUGCCUUUGCUUUGAGUAUGAUCACAUCGUUCCCUUCUCUAAAGGUGGUGAUUCUGUGUCAGAGAACUGUCAAAUUCUUCAAACAAGGGUGAAUAGAUCUAAAGCAGACAAGGUUGCUAUUGGCACAACACAGUUGAAAGGAUAUUCUUGUGACAUCAACUUCAGUGAUGAAGACCUUGACAAGAUUGAGAUGGCUGUUUAUGGGGAUAUUAAGCGAUCAGACAAUCAAUGUCGUGUUCCAACAAUUGAUGGAAUAAUGGGGAAAUACAAGCCUAAGAAGCGCAUUGCGAGCUGCAACUCCCAAUAAAUAUAAAGCUUGCUUUUUAGGAUCUGAGCACCCUCCACUUCCAACCAAGAGGUUGUGAGUUCGAGUCACCCCAAGAGCAAGGUGGGGAGUUCUUGGA